GAGAAGCUGUUGGUGUGGGUCAUCCUGGGCGGUAUAUUGCCCAGGCGAUGGAUCGCCAACAGUAAAGUCACGUCCAGCUUUCAUUUCAGCUCGUCGCAGGUGCCUACUUUCUCAUCAACAUCAGUAUCGCUUCUUCGCUCAAUUGUAUUGCGCCGACCCCAAUAGUAGCAACGAGAUCUCCGAAAUGGCCCAAUUCGCCAAGCGCGACAGUGCGAUUGAUGUGAAUGGUGACACCCUCAACGGACUGUCCGUUGACAUCGCCAUCACAGCCGAUGGAUCCUGGUUCUACUUCGCCAUCUGCGCCAUCAUGGGCGCAGUUGGAAUGUCCGUCCUCGCAGCAUCAGUGACGAAACCACGCACCCAUCGUGUCUUCUUCUACAUCACUGCGGCAGUCAAUUUGACAGCUUGCAUUGCGUACUUCGCCAUGGGUAGUAACCUGGGCUGGGCACCAAUCGAUGUGCAGUUCCAGAGAGAUCGUGCCAACGUCGCCGGCGUGAAUCGAGAAAUCUUCUACGCACGAUACAUUGACUGGUUUGUGACCACGCCGCUGCUCCUGUCCGACCUUAUGCUCACCGCCGGCCUUCCAUGGACGACAAUCCUCUGGACAAUCUUCCUGGACGAGGUCAUGGUCAUCACUGGCCUUGUCGGUGCUCUGGUCUCCACUCGAUACAAAUGGGGAUUCUAUGCUGCCGGAUGCGCGGCCAUGUUCGGAGUGUUUUACAACCUGGUCAUCCAUGGCCAGAAAUCUGCAAGAUCGCUCGGCACAGAUGUGUAUCGGACUUACAUGAUGUGUGGUGUUCUGACGCUUUUCGUCUGGUUACUCUACCCGAUCGCUUGGGGCGUCGGCGAAGGCGGAAAUGUGAUUCCACCCGAUUCGGAAGCAAUCUUCUACGGUGUCCUGGACUUCGUUGCCAAGCCAGUCUUCUCGAUCGCGCUGAUUUACGGACACUGGAAUAUCGAUCCGGCUCGGAUGGGCCUUGUGCUGCGGGAUUAUGACGAGGCCCCGAAUUACUUCGGUACUUACAGUCCAAGUCAUGGAGGCCACGGCGAGAAGGGCACCAAUGGUCAUGCUGCCGAUGGUGAAAAUGCACCGGUUAUCAACGCACCUGCCAAUGGUGCUUGAGGAACAAGCUGGUGACGACGACUGAAGUGAGCCUUGGCUUUGGAUGUCGACACGAGGAGGUGUUGGAGUCUGGUCUGAAAUGAAGUGAUACCCUUCGUAGUAAUGAUUGUACCAAGGCGUGGAAGCGAUGAUACCCCAUCACUCUUUCGGUACUGGCGAACCUGCAAGUGUAUUCCUAAUGGCAGGCGCGAUCGCUAGGAGUAGGUACUGCGGACAAUGGAGUUCUUGCG